GUAUUGACGUGCAGGAUAGGCGGUGCAGUGGUUGCUGGAUAUGGCGGCGCUACUGAGGGUGCUGAGAGUCGGGCAAGCUCUACGGGGCUUGAGAGCUGCACAAAGAAGUCAGUGUGAUGAAGUAAAGCGGACCUUUCAGACAGCUGCAGUGUUGAGGAGAGUCACAGACGAUCCAAAACAGGAGCAAGUCCCACCUUCUUCCUCUUCUUUUCAUCAGCAUUACCAAUCCACACCUCCUGAAUCAGAGUCUUCACGCCCCAACACCAGUUAUGCAGACCAAGGUGGGGAACAAGCAGAGGACUAUGAGACAGAGGAGCAGUUGCAGAUCAGAAUCCUCACUGCUGCUUUAGAGUUUGUGCCAAAACAUGGCUGGUCUGUGGAGGCCAUUGCAGAAGGUGCACAGACGCUGGGUCUCUCUCCAGCUGCAGCAGGAAUGUUCAAUAACGGUGCCGGUGACCUGAUUCUGCACUUCAUAGCGCAGUGUAAUAGCAACUUCUCCGAGAAUCUCGCUGAGCAGCACAAGCUAGUCCAACUCGGGCAGACAGAGCCCAAGAAGACGGAUGAGUUUCUCAGAGAUGCGGUGGAGGCCAGGCUCAGGAUGCUGAUCCCCUACAUAGAGAUCUGGCCGCAGGCUAUGAGUAUCCUGUUGCUGCCACAUAACAUCCCUGAGAGCCUCAAACACCUCUCCACCCUAGUGGAUGACAUCUGGUAUUACGCCGGCGACAGAUCUACUGAUUUAAACUGGUACACGCGGAGAGCUGCCCUGACUGGGAUCUAUAACACUACAGAGCUGGUGAUGGUGCAGGAUUCAUCUCCAGACUUUGAAGAGACCUGGAAGUUCCUAGAGAACAGAGUCAAGGACGUCAUGAACAUGGCGAACACCGCCAAACAGGUUAAAUCAACAGGAGAGGCAGUAGUGCAAGGAAUCAUGGGGGCUGCCAUCACUUUGAAGAACCUUACUGGAGUAAACCAGAGGCGAUGAAAUGGAUCUCCUGCCAUAUUCUGUAUAGCAGCCUUCUCCCCUUCUAAAAAACAUACCGUGUCUGUAUAAGUGACUCCUCACAUUGUGAUGCUCGCAUAUCCACCAAGGCACACUCAAAAUAAUGUUAGCAUAAGCCGUGGUAUAUGCUGCAUUUCUGUGCUUUGGUGCCCUUGCUGCACCUGUCUGCCUGUUAUAUUCUCUCACAGUGAUCUGUAAGGAUAGAUAAGGCUAAAUCAGAAGACAUCUACCAUUAGUGGUGAUUAGUUGGAUUAAAAUAAAGUUUUAUGAAAUAAUCCUGUGUAGGAAAGGACAGAUUACAAUUGAAAGAAACUAGACUUCACAGGCAACUAUAUCAGCUGUUUGCUUUGGUGAUUCCUCAGUGCAUUGCAUCAGUAUGGCUGGAUACCCCACGGAUAUAAUUCUAAUCCAAUGGCAGGUAGACUUGUCCCUUUGUCAGUUUCCUGUGUAAUUAAAAGCUCGCUACAUUCUGUCUGAACAUCAUACUUCCUUGUACUGUAAGUUUCCUCUGUUUUAAUGAGAUCUGCAUGUGAAACUGUGCCACAUGCUGUAUGGAUCUAUGAUGCCCAUCUACUUUUGCUAAAUAUAGACUGAUUUAUGUCAUAUGGAAUACUGUCACACAGGGUGAAUCUCUCUCUCUCUCUCUCUCUCUCUCUCUCUCUCUCUCUCUCUCUCUCUCUCUCUAUAUAGAAUCUAGUAAAGCAACAAAUAUAUAUUUUCUGCCGGCUUCUGCUGGAUUAUGUAAAAUAAAUAAAUGUAUCUAUCUGUA